AUGAAUCAUUUGGCAAACAUUUGUUGUUUUUCUUUUGUUUUGAGGGGAACUUUGUUUCUUUAUGUUUUUGUUUUUUUUCUUCAAGGGUCAAAGCAAUUUGACCAGUCUCUCUCUCUCUCUUUCUCUCGUGCUCUUUCUCUCGUGUUUCUUUCUCUGUUUUCUUUCUCGUGUUCUUUUUUCUCGUGCUUUUUCUCGUGUACUUUUCUCGUGCUUUUCUCUCGUGCUCUUUCUCUCGUGCUCUCUCUCUCGUGCUCUUUCUCUAGUGCUCUCGUGCUCUUUCUCUCGUGCUCUUUCUCUCGUGCUCUUUCUCUCGUGCUCUUUCUCUCGUGCUCUCUCUCUCGUGCUCUUUCUCUAGUGCUCUCGUGCUCUUUCUCUCGUGCUCGUGCUCUCUUUCUCUCGUGCUCUCUUUCUCUCGUGCUCUCUUUCUCUCGUGCUCUCUUUCUCUUGCUCUCUUUCUCUCUUUCUCUUUCUCUCUUUCUUUCUCUCUCUCUCUCUCUUCUCUCUCUCUCUCCCUAUUGCCCUCUUUCUCUCUCUCUCGUGUGCCCUCUUUCUCUCUCUCUCUCGUGUGCCCUCUUUCUCUCUCUCUCUCGUGUGCCCUCUUUCUCUCUCUCUCUCGUGUGCCCUCUUUCUCUCUCUCUCUCUCGUGCCCUCUUUCCUUCUUUCUUUCUCUCUCUCUCCCGUGCCCUCUUUCUCUCUCUCUCUCUCUCACUUUUAAACAAUGUUUAA